AGUGCGUGUCCACUCCUUGGUGUUUAACAUCAUGUGACUAUUGUAACGAUGACUCUCUUGUCACAGAGUGCAGAGUUCUACAUAUUCAGAUUGAAACCAUGAUCUAUUUAUAAAUAUGAACAUUGACUGCUGUUGGCACCGGACACUUGCGUACAUGGACGAAUUGGUUGCUCCCAAGCAGUGUGCUCUUAUGGCAGUGGCCAGUGUGUGGAUGGUGCCUAUAUCAUAUAUAAGUCACGUCCGCUGCUACUUACAGUUGGCCAAGCUGCUAGCAAGUCAUGGGAUUGCGGUUACACUCUUCUGCACCAAAGAUGACUCCGAUCGUCUACAUGCAGCUGAGCCCAAAAUGUGUGAAUCAUGGAAGCUUGACGGUCUGGACCUCCGUCUGAGAUUAUUCUACAUACAGCAGCCGCCGGAGCUGGCGGAUGGUGAAAAUGGACCUGAACGAUUGGUGACCUUGAUACGCGAUCAGGAACAGGCAUUGAAAAUCAUUCUGACCAACGAAGCUCAGCUCGGCCACUCCCGACCUUCAUGUGUGAUUUCAGAUCCUUGGUUACCGGGAGUCAGGGAGGCAGCGAGUGAAUUGAAACUUCCAUCUUGGGUUUUCAUUCCCUUCUCGACAGCUUACACGUCAACUUGCAUUUACCUUACGGAUCUUGCAUCGAAGGGUAUUCUGAAUCUACCGACUUCUCAACUGGACGAAGAGAGCCAGGAAAUGAUAAGCCUUCCAGGUUUACCACUUGUCCGCAUAUGUGACAUAGAUCCAACAUUUUUCAAGGAUUAUGUUCUGUUCGAACAAGCGCGUCGAAAUGGACCGUCCAUGCAGAAAGCUGAAGUUCUUCUUUUAAGCACAUUUGAGGAGCUGGAGCACAGAGCUGUCCGCGAACUCAAGAAACUCCUGCAGUAUCUGGCCAGAAAUAACAACACCCAGAUGCCGCAGAUCUGGACAAUUGGACCAACAUUUUCCUUCGUUGCUAAGAGCGUCAGGCCGAAUGUGAAUGGAUUUAAGGAGGGAGAUGUGCAACCCUGUCUGAGAUUUCUGGACAAGCAACCUCCAUCGUCGGUUGUUUAUGUUGCGUUCGGAAAUGAUUGGAACCAUACUCCGGAACAAGUGCUGGAGAUUGCAUACGGACUCGAAACCAGCCAGCAGCCUUUCUUGUGCGUCUUGCAUUAUCCAAGGAAAACUGAACAAUAUCCAUCAGGUGAUCUAUUUCAGGUCAUACCUCCAGAAUUGAUCAACCGAACCAAGGGUCGUGGGCUAUUUGUGCAAGAUUGGGCUCCUCAGCUGGAAAUUCUUGCUCAUCCUUCCACUGGAGGCUUCAUUACACAUUGUGGCCAAAAUUCAAUCCUGGAGAGCAUUUCCAUGGGCAUUCCUCUUCUGGCCUGGCCUCUUAUUUGUGAUCAAAUGAUCAAUUGCAGAUCUCUUGUAGAUGAAGUCGAGGUUGCACUGGAGAUUUGCAAAGGGGCAGACGGAUCUGUAGACAGACGGGAGGUGGAGCGGAAAGUGAGAGCCCUAUUUCACAGCGAGGAGGGUACAACCGUGAGACAGAAUGCUCAAGUGAUGAGACAACUUGCCAUAGAAAGUGUGGGGAUUAAAGGUUCAACGUAUAAGAAUAUGCAGGCUCUUGUUGCUCUCAUCAAAGGCCUAUCUGAAUAAUACUUCGAGGCAAUGGCUGGAAUCGAAUCGAGUGAUGGUGGUUGAGGACGUUUUCGUCAGACGAACAAUUGCAACAACCUGAUGAUGCAGUGACAGAAGCAAAGUCGGAGGAUUGGCAUGUAAUCUAGCUGCAAAUCAGCUAUUGGUCCACAUUUAAGGAUGUGCUGCAGGAACCCUUCACAAAUAGCUAAUGUUAAUUUAUUUAAAAUCCAUCUAAUUGAAGCUCUAGCAUCAUCGUUGGCAGGAAUUGGUAUGUCUGUCAUAUCUGGGUCACAAUCUGUAUCAACUAAACAAAUUGUCGGAAUUCCUAAAGUAUAAAUGACUUUUCUUUGAAGCCUUAGCCUCAAUCAGUAGAUCCGUGUCGGUGCAAAUCUUGCUUGAACUUGCUUACCUCAACUUACUCAAAAAAGGGAUUUUCUGGAGUUAAAAUGUCUUUCCACUUUCUUCGCCCCCCGUGACAUCUGUGCCCUUCACACCAAUAUGCCGAGAUUUUGUUCCGACUGCAAGAAGGAGCUCAUUGGUGUCUAUAGAAGUGCGGCAUAGGCUAAAGCCAAUACCAGUAUUCACUGUAUACAGCUGACUGAUUGACAUGUAUUUCUUGUACCGAGAUGUACAGAACGAAUAAAGCAGUG